AUGCACCCAACCAGUGUUCUCACGAUCGUUCUGGUUGCAUGUGCUACUGUCAGCGCACAACUACAUCAGCUCGCUGUUGCAGCAGGGUUCAAGUACUUUGGCACAGCUGUCGAUAACCCCGGGCUCAACAAUCAGGCGUACAUGAACAUCGCCUCGAACAAGAAUGAGUUCGGUCAAGUUACCCCAGCGAACGGGCAGAAGUGGGAUUCCACUGAGCGCGCCCAAGGCCAGUUCAGCUACGCCAACGGCGAUGCCGUCACCAACAGGGCGCGACAGGCCAGCCAGAUCCUUCGUUGCCAUACCCUUGUGUGGCAUAGCCAGCUGCCCAGCUGGGUCAACAACAUCAACGGACGCGACGCCAUGACAAGGGUGCUCCAGACCCACAUCCAGAAUGUCGCCGGCCACUACAAAGGCCAGUGCUAUGCCUGGGACGUCGUCAAUGAAGCUCUCGAGGAUAGCGGCACCUACCGCAACAGCCCUAUGUACCGCGCCCUCGGCAAAGAUUUCAUCCCUCUCGCCUUCCAAGCCGCUGCCGCCGCUGACCCGGACGCGAAGCUGUACUACAAUGACUACAACAUUGAGAACCCAGGUGCCAAGUAUAACGAAGCUCUCAACAUCGUGCGCAGCAUCAAGGCCGCCGGCGCGAGGGUCGACGGUGUCGGUCUGCAAGCCCAUUUCAUCGUGGGCCAAACACCGAGCUUGACGAACCUGAAGACGGUGCUCACCGGGUUCGCGGCCCUGGUGGACGAGGUUGCAUACACGGAGCUCGACAUCCGACAUCCGCGACUCCCUGCAUCCGACGCGGACCGGCAACAGCAGAGUCGGGACUACCAGACCGUUGCGCAAGCGUGCCUCGAUACGCCCAAGUGCAUCGGGAUCACGGUGUGGGACUUUGCUGACCAGGUGAGACCUCUUCCUUCGCGACGUGCGGGAUCCGAGAGCUGA